UACAGGAACAGGAUAAGUGACAUCAAACACCCCUCCUCUUUGCCCUAUGGUUCUCUUUUCUGCUGCUCUCUUCAAAAUUACAGACACUUCAAAGCCACAGUCAUACGCACAACGAUGAACCAAGCGCUGAUAAAAGCUUUCCUUCUCUGCAGCCUCAGUUGGAUCUCUGUCUCAGGUUCUGAGUCUCAGACUGUGGAGGUCCAGUCUGGUGAAGAUGUCACACUGAUGUGCUCCGGCAUGGACAAACAUGUUUCAGUCAGAUAUUGGCUUAAACUAGUCAAAGGAACCGACAUCCAAUGUGUCUCUACUAUGACCAGUCAUAACAGUGAAGUGACAUAUCAUGAUGGAUUCAGUAAUCAUACAUUCACUAUGUCGUCCAACACCUCUACUAUCUUUCUCAAAGUCCGUUCAGUGGAAUUAAACGACUCUGGAAUUUAUUACUUUGGAUUUAACAAAGAUGGACGUCCAUUUUUUACUACGAUACAUCUAAAGAUCAAAGAGUGUGAUGGAGCAGCGACUCUGGUGAGCAUGAUCCUGGGUGCUUUGACUCUUUUGCUUGUCAUGGUGGUCAUCGGUCUGGGUGCUAAAAUUAGGAAACUUCAGACAGCUGCUGAAGAAAGACAGAAUCCAGGACACACUGAGAAUGUGACCUCUGAUGAACUGAACUACGCAGCAGUGACAUUUCGAUCUAAAGCCAAAAGAAGAAGAGCCGGAGCCAAAUGUCUUGUAUGCUGCUACCAGAUAGAGUGA